GCAAAGGAUGCUGUUAAACAUGCUGUUUUGGAAACACUGAAUAGUUUCACUCUCAGUGAGUUCAAGAAAUUCAAGUGGUUGCUGCAGUCCAGGUACUUUCAGAGGGGCCUCCCGCAAAUCCCACGGAGCCGACUGGAGAGGGAAGACAGGGCAGAAAUGGUGGAUCUGAUGGUGGAGAGGUACGGCCAGCAGUCUGUGGAGGUGAUCAGGGAGGUGCUCACGGACAUGAACAGGACUGAUCUGGAUCAGAGGUUGUCAGAAACCAGCUUACGACUUAGAGGACCUUUAAGAAGCGCUGAGCUUGAGGGCUGCGGAAGCACUAUGCAGGAAUCCAGCAACUGGACUAAACUUGAACCGGAAGUGAACGGCACAGAUGCAGAUGAGGAUUCAACUUACAGUCUGCAGUCUGAGGCCGGACGCUUUGAAUGCAGUGUCUCUGCCUUACGCUGGGUCUGUAAGGAAACGGUCAGCCUCAAGUACCAGUUUGUCUCUUGGGAGGGACACAUGGAGAGGAUGGAGAGCAUGCAAUACAAGCCUGCAGGUCCGUUAAUGAACAUCACAGUCAAUGCUGGGAAGUUAGAUGAAGUGUAUCUGCCACACUGGAUCUGCAUCGAUGACAACCCAACAAUAAUAGACGCGUUUGCAGCCCUACACAUAGAUGACUGUGGAGAUGAUGUGGAAAAAGUGUCUGAGGUCACAUCAUCCCAUAUCAAGUUAUCUGAACCAGUUUUCUCUCCAAGAGCGGCCCUGGUGAAAGCCAGCUUUUCUGUGAAAACAAAAUCUUACGUGUUAAUAUACUAUAAACCCAACACACCGGUCCUGAAACUACAUGUCUACGUGAUCCCAAAAGAUCCUGCUCUACAAAAGAAAGUGGACGAGACGGAAAUCUCCGACCAAUACGAAAAAAUCAGAAAGCCACACCCAGACAAGUACCUGAAAAUGAAGCAGGGUUUCAUCCUCACAGCAGACAUCGACACAGCAAAAAUUCACCCAGAGAAAUUAACCCUCAGACAUGAGAGCGACCCAAACUUCUAUGAAGUGUUCAUUCAGAAUCCAGACAGAGACUUCUACCUUACGCUCUCACAGUCUUCCACAAACGAACAAAUGUGGAGCCAUAAAAUUCGAAAAGUCGAACAGACUGGUGGACAAUCUUCCAUACCUGAGUCAAGUGACAUGGAUGAACACCUGUCUGAACUGCUCCAGCAAACAACGAUCACAACGGUUAGAGAGAAGCUUUUGAAAACGCUGGAACACUUGAAAGGGGAAGAGUUCAAAAAAUUCAAGUGGCACCUGCAGGACAGUGACAUCCAGGAAGGCCUCCCAUGCAUCCCACCUUGCAGACUGGAGAACACAGACGUCUUGGAGCUGGUGGAUCUAAUGAUGCAGACCUAUAGCCAACAGACGGUGGAGGUGACCAAGAGGGUUUACAGGAAAAUAAACAGGAAUGAUCUGGUGCACAUAUUAUCAGAGAGCAGCUCAUGA